AUGGACAUUGUGGUGUGUGGGACAUGUGGCAGUGGUAGCCUCUCUCUUAUUGAAAAGUGUGCUCGGUGCAAUGAUUAUGAACACGGUUAUUAUAUGAAGGUGUUGACAUUUGAUAUUCCACGUGAAUGGUAUUGUGCCAAAUGCCAAGAGUAUGCUAAUGGGGGCCCAAAACUUAGUCAAGGUAGGAAAACAGAGUUCCAAAAGCCAAGGCAUGGUCGCGAUAUGAUGAAUGAAAGGGAAACUUCAAAGUUGCACCUUAGUCACAGCAACGUAGUGCCUCAAAUAAGUCCCAAAUCUCCGAAUAGAUUUGGAAAUGCUAAAGUGAAGUUUGUCUCUUCUGAAGAAGCGGCAUUAUUGAGUAGAGAGAGGCCACCACUUGUUAGGUCAAGAUUUGUUGUGCCACAGCCAAGCAAGGCUCCUUCAACUACAAAACACUUGUCCAAUUUGAAUUGUGUAUCACCCAGUAGGAGUGACACACAAGUGCAAGCCCUAAAACGAUGUGCUGAUGCAAGUCAUAGUCAACCAAAAAUUGAGGAUAUGUCAUAUUUUGCUAUGCAGCAAAGGCAGGUUCAUCCUGCAUCUCCUCUAGGCAUGAAGCAGCCAUCCAAUAUGAAGUCAAUAUCCCCCAGCAGGAGUGACACACAAGUGCAAAAUCUGAAACGAUGUGCUGCUGCAAGACAUGGUCAGGCAAAGACUGAUGACAGCCCAUAUUUUGCUAUGCGGCAAAGUCAAGCUCAUCCGGCAUCUCCUCUACAUGUGAAACAGUUGUCAAAUAUGAAGCGCAUAUCCCCCAAUAGGACUGUCACGCAAGUACAUGGCACAAAACGAUCAACUGUUGUAAGUCAUGAUAUAAACAUGGAUUUUGAAACAAGAUCUGGUGGUUCCAUGCCUAUAAUUCAUAAAUGCAGAACAAGUGAACGAGUUAAAGUAAAAAUUGACUCUCUCAUUGAACACAAAGCUAGAGAAAAGAAGAUAGUGAACGCAGAUAAAGGGGAAACUAACUCUCCGGCAGAGGAUGAUGAUACUGGAUGCAGUCUGAACGAGAAAAAAGGUGUAAUGCUCACCAUUGGUUCAAUUGUGAAAUAUUCAAGACGCCCAGCACCUGCAAUUUGUUGGAGGGGAUGCUUUCAUGUCUUUUAUGCUGGCACAAAGCUAAAUCUUGGUGAAUUUAAAGCCCAGUUUCCUUCAAAAGUGUCAUCCAGAGUUUGUGAUACUAUCAAGAUGAUACCCAGUGAUCUACAGCUGGAGUUAUUACCACGAAUGAAUGAUUGGCCAAAGUCUUUUGAGACUAUCCCUCCUGUUCAUGAAGACAUUGGCGUGUUCUUUUUUGAUAAACCUGUUGGGUGUGAAAAGAAGCACUCUAAUAUAUUAGCAGACUCCAACAAUUAUGUUCUAAGGGCAUAUAUUGAUGGCAUAAAGUUAUUGAUAUAUUCCUCGGAAGUUCUUCCGCCUGAUUCUCAGUGGAUAGAUGGUGAGAACUAUUUAUGGGGGCUUUUUGUGAGGUCGAAAGGAAAGAGUGAUCCUUGGCAAUUUGGUUCAACCACUACUUGUGAUCUGGUUUUCCUGAGCAUGCUAAUGUGCAAGAGCAUAAAGUAUGAUGAUAGUACUUGCCCAUACAUCCGCUCUAUGAAGAAGUAUAUGGCCUUGGAAAUAGAGGAAUGGAGGGUGUAG